AUGCCUCUUACUCCAGAGGAAAUUAAGAAUGAUGUUUUCCAAAUGGAUGGGAAGAAGGACCCUGGUCCUGAUGGAUUCACUGGCCUUUUUUAUCAAAAGCAUUGGGAUAUUGUGGGAGAUGCUGUUGUUGAUAUGACUCAAACCUGCUUUAGAACUGGUAACAUUGCUAAGGUUUUCAAUCAUACCAACAUAACUCUCAUUCCCAAAGUCCCUCUUGCUGAAUUGUGUGUUUCUACUGUGUCUUACUCUAUCCUUCUUAAUGGUAUCCCCACUGGUUUCUUUCAACCUGAAAGAGGGCUAAGACAGGGAGACCCACUUUCUCCCUAUCUUUACAUCAUCUGUUCGGAGGCCCUCUCUUCUUACAUUGAUAGCCUCCAGAAGAAGGGGGUUGUAGAAGGCAUUAAAGUGUGUAAAGAUUCUCCUGAAAUGACUCAUCUUUUGUUUGCUGAUGAUUCUCUCUUGAAGAUUCCUGAACAUAGGAAAGCUCUUUUGGCUAAUAUCUUAGAUAUCCAAAGCAGAGAUUUAGGAGAAAAAUAUCUUGGCACUCCCACUGUGUUCCAAGCUUCCAAAAUCCAGACCCAUAAGGGUAUUCUCCAAGCCAUUGAUGCCAGGAUUUCUAUCUGGCUUCAUAAGCUAUUAUCUCAAGCUGCUAGAACUACUCUAAUCAAGCACAUAGGCCAAGCUAUUCCUCUCUUUCAAAUGAGAGCUUUUCUUAUUCCAAAACAUAUUUGUAAGCAAAUGGAUUCUCAUCUCUGCAAGUUCUGGUGGGGUGAAACUUUAGAUCCUAAGGAUAGAAAGCUGCACUUCCUUGGGUGGGAUAUUUUAUGCUCCCCCAAAGCUGAAGGAGGUCUGGGAUUCAGAAAGGCUGAAUUAAACAACCUAGCAAUGCUUGCUAGGAAUGCCUGGAGAAUCUUAGAAAAUCCUAAUUGUUUACUGGUCACUGUUCUUGAGGCCAAAUAUUUUCCUAGAACUGAUUUUUUGAAUGCUAAAUGA